AUUAUAUAUAUGUGCCAGUACGCUGAAACAUGAAGUGAACAAUUUGGAGAAUUAUCUAUAUUAUAUAGAGCUCAUUGCUAUGGGAAUUACUUGGAUUUGCUCAUAUCUGCUUCUUCUAAUUUUGUUCAAUUCUAGCUUUGCCACUUCUCGUUCCAUAGUCAAGACUCUACCAGGUUUUGAUGGCGAUCUCCCAUUCAAGCUGGAAACUGGCUACGUAGGUGUGGGUGAAAUGGAUGAUGUGCAGUUGUUUUACUAUUUUGUUGAGUCUCAAAGAGAACCUUCAAGUGAUCCACUCCUAGUUUGGCUUACUGGAGGGCCCGGUUGUUCUUCUUUCAGUCCAUUCUUCUAUGCAAACGGACCAUUAUCUUUUGAUUAUAUAUUUUCUGAAAGACGGCUACCCACACUUCAUUUGAACUCGGACACUUGGACAAAGCGCCUUAACAUAUUGUACAUAGAUGCACCGGUUGGCACUGGAUUUUCUUAUUCGAAAAGCUAUGAGGGCUACUAUUCGGACGACCAAAAAUCAGUAGCAAAUCUUUAUAAUUUUCUGCAAAAGUGGUUGAUCGAUCACCCCGAAUUUGCAGAAAAUCAUCUUUACCUUGGUGGUGGUUCGUAUUCUGGCAUUCUUAUUCCAGUCACAGUUCAAAAAAUAUAUGAUGCAAACGAAGCUGGGCACAAGCCACACUUUAAUAUCAAAGGAUACGUGCUCUCGAGCCCAAAGUCAGAUUCAUAUCUUGAUGCCAACUCAAAAGUUCCAACUGCUCAUCGUUUGACUCUUAUAUCAGAUGAACUUUAUAAGUCGGCCAAAACAAGUUGCAAGGGUGAUUAUGUCAAUAUAGAUCCAACCAACGAAGGAUGUAUGGCGGAUGUUGAAGCUAUAGAUGAGUUACUCCGUGGAAUAAACACAGCUCAAGUUCUAGAACCGGUAUGUGCUAAGGGUUCUUUGAAAGCAGAUAAAGUAGAUUGGGAUCAAAAAAUUCUCAUGAGUACUCCCAACUAUUUCCUCCAUUCAUUGCCUCGAAAUAGUGCAUUUUGGUGUCGUGAUUACGAGCUUCUACUAGCUGAAAUUUGGGCAAAUAAUCCAAGUGUUCGAGAAGCUCUUUAUGUUAGGGAGGGAACCAAAGGCUAUUGGCAUAUGUGCAACUCCAGCCUAGCUUACACAAAGAAUAUUUUGAGUACUAUUGAUUACCAUCAAAAUCUCAGUAGAACCAACCUUCGAGCUCUCAUAUAUUGUGCUGAUCUAGACAUGUCAAUACCACAUAUCGCUACCCAAGAAAUGAUAAGGUCUUUGAAUUUGACUUUGGACGAUUCAUGGCGUGCAUGGUUUGUUGAUGCUCAAGUUGCAGGAUACACAGAGAGGUACAGAAAUAAUGAUUUCUACAUGACAUACUCAAGUGUCAAGGGAGCAGGUCAUGUAGCCGAAGAGUACAAGCCUAAGGAGGUCGAUGCCAUGAUUGAUAGAUGGCUCGCAUAUUAUCCUCUCUAAUUAAUAAUAAUCACUUGAUUGAGGGAGUAAUUAAUAGGUACUCUCAUGAAUGUAAGAGGAGAGAACUGCAAGAUUUUAAGAAAACUUUAUUUGGCCCACGUUUAAAUGAUAAAUGAAAACUUAUGUUUUAAGGAUUUUAUUUGUAAAAGACGUUAUGGUGAAUAACAAUUUCUAAGUAACUCUCAAUUGGUAUAACCCCUUUGGUUAUUAAACACAUUGAAGUUACAAGUUUUAAACUCCUUGAUAAAAGGAGGUUAUAGAACAAAUCUUAAUUUAAAA